AUGGACCCUACUCAAUUGAUUACUAACUUGCUUAAUGUGGGACUCCCAGAUAAGGGACUCACGAAAACGGUUUCUGAAAACGAUAUAAUGGAAGUACUAGGUAAAGCUCGUGAGAUGUUUCUGUCUCAACCUCCUAUGGUAGAACUUGACUCACCUGUUAAAAUAUGUGGCGAUACUCAUGGGCAGUAUAUUGAUCUUCUAAGACUUUUCAACAAGGGUGGAUUUCCACCAUUAUCAAACUACUUGUUUUUGGGUGAUUAUGUGGAUAGAGGUAAACAGAAUCUCGAAGUAAUACUUCUAAUGAUUGCAUAUAAGCUGAGGUUCCCCAAGAAUUUCUUUCUGCUACGAGGAAACCACGAAUGUGCUAACGUCAACCGUGCCUACGGAUUUUACGAGGAAUGCAAUAGGCGCUAUCAAAGCCAGCGAAUGUGGCAGGCAUUUCAGGAUGUUUUCUGUGUAAUGCCUUUGACAGCCCUUGUUAGUGACAAAAUUCUCUGUAUGCAUGGCGGUCUGUCACCUCACUUGCAAUCAUUGGAUCAACUCAGGAAUAUAGCCAGGCCCACUGACGCACUGGGAGCAACCCUGGAAAUGGAUCUACUUUGGGCCGAUCCAGUAAUUGGACUGAACGGUUUCCAGGCAAACAUUCGCGGUGCUUCAUAUGGAUUCGGGCCCGAUAUUUUGGCUAAGUACUGUCAACUCCUCAACAUCGACUUAGUUGCUCGAGCUCACCAAGUCGUUCAAGAUGGUUACGAGUUUUUCGGAGGGCGAAAGCUUGUGACCAUUUUUUCGGCUCCUCAUUAUUGUGGCCAAUUCGAUAAUGCCGCUGCCAUGAUGACAGUUGAUGAAAACUUGCAGUGCUCGUUUGACGUUUUUCGCCCUUCCUGUGCAAAGCCCCAGCCAAAGAUUGUGGCCACUUCCAUGGGAUCUCCUGGUGCUCCACCUUGUCAAUAA